UUCACCACCACCGUAUACUCAGUCAUCAUGCCCCAGAACGAGUAUAUCGAGCGCUGGACUAAACAGCACGGUAAGCGCUUGGACCACGAUGAGCGUGUUCGAAAGCGCGAGGCUCGUGAGGGCCACAAGCAGUCCAAGGAUGCCCAGAAUCUCCGCGGUCUGAGGGCCAAGCUGUACCAGCAGAAGCGCCAUUCCGAGAAGAUCCAGAUGCGGAAGCGCAUCAAGGCGCAGGAAGAGAAGAACGUCAAGUCGUCUGCGCCCAGCGAGCCUUCCAAGACGCCCCUUCCACAAUAUCUGCUCGACCGUUCGGAGGCUACGAAUGCCAAAGCUUUGUCCAGUGCUAUUAAGGAUAAGCGUGCGGAGAAGGCAGCCAAGUUCGCUGUCCCUCUCCCCAAAGUUAAGGGUAUCAGUGAGGAGGAGAUGUUCAAGGUUGUCAACACCGGAAAGAAGACGCAUAAGAAGUCAUGGAAGCGAAUGAUCACAAAGCCGACGUUCGUUGGUAACGACUUCACUCGGAGACCUGUGAAAUACGAACGAUUUAUUCGUCCCAUGGGUCUGCGAUACAAGAAGGCCAACGUCACGCACCCCGAGAUGGCCGUCACUGUCCAGCUUCCUAUUCUAUCCGUCAAGAAGAACCCUCAAAACCCGCUUUACACUCAACUCGGUGUCCUCACCAAGGGAACCGUCAUUGAGGUCAACGUUUCCGAACUUGGUAUUGUCACUGCGGGAGGAAAGGUUGCCUGGGGUAAAUACGCCCAGGUGACGAACACACCUGAGAACGACGGCUGCGUCAAUGCUGUCCUCCUCGUUUAAUCAUCUCGACGCCGAAGAGAGACAUAAUGACUGUCUAGCUUUUACCUCUUGAUACCAUUUCAUGUCCUAGAAUUCUGAUGUUCUACACUGUUUAUUCACGGAUGGCGUUUCUGGCGUGUAACACUGUCGUCGCAGUAUAUUUACCAAAAAAGUAUAUCAAAUGAUAUUUAGCAUUAAUCAAUGCAUUUCUGAUUUUUAGAUCAGCUGGGAGCGGGCGCCAUUUUCAUGCAAAAUAUCCAAGAUUCGAGACCGGGAGUAUGAACUUGUUCGACCAUGGCCCAAAAUACAUAAUUUGUCUCUAAAUCGAAACCGCUCCUUUCAUCAAAGAAAUCUAG